UUAACAUUGUGAGAAAACUAUGUAAGAUAGAGUAUAUAUACCCAUGACCCAUUUGAUAACACUUGUCAGUGCCAGUGCCAUCACUUAAAAAAUGAAUGAUUACACACGUUCAUACCAUGUCAUCCUUAGUCAAUCUCAAAAUUAGAGCACUCUGCAAAGAGGGUUGCUUGAAGGAGGCUCUGCACAUUCUUCUUACCACUCAAAACCUUUCUGUAGAUUAUUCCACAUAUAUUCAUCUAUUGCAGGCCUGCAUUGCCAAGAAAGCCCUCCCAGAGGGCAAACAAAUCCACUCUCACAUCAAUGACGGGCCAUUUACAUUUGCAGCACCCACAUUUUUAUACAACACACUUAUCAACAUGUAUGAUAAGUGUGGGAGCGUUGUGGGUGCUCGCAAAACUUUCGAUGAUAUGACUGAACCGAACGUCUUCUCAUGGAAUAUGAUGAUUGCAGCUUACCAAAGGCAUGCGACUCCUCAAGAAGCAUUGAAAUUGUUUGAUAAAAUGCAACGAACCGCUGUACAGCCCGAUAACUUCACUUACUCCAGUAUUAUUCCUGUAUGUGCGAGUGUUGCAUCUCUAAAACAUGGUUUGCAGAUCCAUGGAAAGAUGAUUAGAUGUGGGUUUCAAUCUGAUGUUGUUGUGGUGAAUUCCCUGAUAGACAUGUAUGCUAAAUAUGGGAGUGUACACAAGGCACGCGAACUGUUUGACAAAAUGCGUAAUGCAAAUGUGGUUUCAUGGAAUGCCAUGAUUACAGGGUAUGCACAAAGUGGUGCUGUUGACCAGGCUUUGAGGUUUUUCGAAGAUAUGCCUCAACGAAACGUAGUCUCAUGGAAUGCAAUGAUUACAGGAUAUGCACAAAAUGGUUUUGUGGAAGAAGCCUUGCAAUUUUUUGAGCAAAUGCAACUGGCAGGCGUUAUGCCAGAUUCGGCAACUUUUACUAGUAUACUGCCAUCGUGUGCCAAAAUGGGAAAUUCAGAACAGGGAAUGCAUAUCCAUCGAGCUAUAACGGAAUGCAGUUUACUGUCGGAUGCUUCCGUAGUGACUGCCCUGAUAGACAUGCAUGCAAAAAGUGGAAGCAUACAGAAGGCACGUGAACUGUUUGACAAAAUGUCUCAGCGAGAUGUGGCCUCAUGGACUGCAAUCAUUUCUGGAUAUUCACAAAAUGGACUAGCAGAUGAAGCGCUGGAGCUUUUUAAGCUAAUGCAAUUGGAAGGUGUAAUGCCAGACUCGUCAACCUUUUCCAGCAUUCUCCCAGCUUGUGCCAAACUUGGAGCAUUAGAAGAGGGUAUAGCAAUCCAUCAAAAAAUUGUUGAAAGGGGUUUUUUAUCAAAUGUUAUAGUUGCGACGGCCCUGAUGGAUGUGUAUGCGAAAUGUGGAAGCAUAAAGAAGGCACAUGAAUUGUUUGAGAAAAUGCAUCAACGAGAUGUGGCCUCGUGGAAUGUGAUGAUAGUAGGAUAUGCACAAAAUGGACUUGCUGAUGAAGCAUUGGAGGUUUUUAAGCAUAUGCAAUUAUCAGGUGUAAAGCCAGACUCAUCAACCUUUACCAGCAUCCUCCCAGCUUGUGCCAAGCUUGGAGCAUUAGAGCAAGGUAUAGAAAUCCAUCAAAAGAUAGUUGAAAACGAUCUUUUGUCUGAUGUUCUCGAGACUGCCCUUAUAGGUAUGUAUGCAAAAUGUGGAAGCAUACAGAAUGCUCGAGAAUUGUUUGAUAAUAUGCAACAUCGAGGCUCAGUCUCAUGGAAUUCAAUGAUUGCGGGAUAUGCGAUGCAUGGAUAUAGCAAGCACGCGCUCGAAAUAUUUGAACAAAUGGUGGACUCUGGAACCAACCCUGAUCAUGUAAGCUUUGUUUGUGUUUUAUUUGCAUGCAGCCAUGCAGGUCUCGUCCAUGAUGGCUCUAGAUACUUCAAUGUCAUGAGUUACUCUUAUUGCAUCAUGCCUACAAUGGAUCAUUGUGUUUGCAUGGUUGACCUUCUUGGUCGUGCCGGUUAUCUUGAAGAAACCCUAAAUUUCAUCAUAAAAAUGCAAAUAAAACUUGACGCAGUUAUUUGGUUGUGUUUACUUGGAGCUUGUAGAUCACAUAAGAUUAUAUGCCUAGGAGAAUCUGUGGCAAGAGUCCUUUUGGAUUUGGAUUCUAAAAACGCUGCACCUUAUGUUCUUCUAUCAAACAUUUAUGCAGAAGCAGGUAGGUGGGGUGACGCCCAGACUGUAAGGAGAUUGAUGAAAGAUAGAGGAAUUAGAAAGAUGCCUGGAUGUAGUUGGAUUGAAAUACAUAAAACAGUUCAUGCUUUUCAAGCAGGAGAUAGAUCACACUCACAAACACAGGAAAUAUAUGCAAUGUUGAGGAAAUUGUCGUCAGAAUUAAAUGCAGCAGGGUAUAUUCCAGAUACAAGAUCUGUAUUGAAUGAUGUAGAGGAGGAGGAGAAGGAAUUACUUAUCUGCUACCAUAGUGAGAGGUUGGCAAUUGCGUUUGGUUUGUUAAACAUGGCUCCUGGAACAACUAUAAGAGUUGUGAAGAACCUUCGAGUAUGUGCCGACUGCCACACUGCAACCAAGUAUAUCUCUAAGAUUGUUGCUAGAGAAAUUAUUGUGAGAGAUGCAAACCGUUUCCAUCAUUUCAAACAUGGUCAAUGUUCUUGUGGAGAAUAUUGGUGAGGCUAAGAGAAGCAAGCUAUAAGCACACGCCUGCACUCCAACAAGGGAGCAUGAUGUUAGGUUUGUAGAGAAUGCCUGUACGACUAUGUACUGAAAAGAUGGAUAGGAGGAGGAAGAGGCAGAAGAAUGGGAAAUACUGAGGGAGAGGAACGCCUGGAGGAAAUGGAAAUCUGCUCAGCACAUUCUUAUUAAAGACAAAAGAUGAGGAUAUACAGAUUUUGUGUUCUUUGUGGUCAUGGAAUGUGAGCUCAUUCUGCGUCGUGACUACUAAAAAGAAGUUUAUUAAAUCUCUUACUGGAAUCCUCAGUAGGGAGGGACAAAAUAUAGCUCAAUUGUCUCUGGAUUUUUAAAGAUCCCACUUAUAAUUUAUGUGAAAUUGAUUCGCCACCUCGGCAUACAAUAUAAUUACCUUUUGUAAAGGACAAAUGAUGAAAACAUCUCAAAUAAUGGCUAUAUGCUUCUAACGAGGUUUCACAUGCCCGUUACUUUA